AUGGCCGACAACGUUUCCGCUGCGACCGCUACCACCCUCCCCCCUCCCCCUCAGUCUUCUACUGUUCCUUCCAACCAGCAGUACGAUGCUUCGCAGGGCAACGGUCAAGCCAAUCCUUCCCAUAUGCCACCACCUCCUCGUCCGCCCGUAGUGAUCCCCCAAAACACCAAUCCGAUCCCCACCGCGAUCACAUCUCCGAUGUCUGGCAAUAUGAUGUCUCCGACCAGUGCUGGUGGCUUUGUGCGUCGGGCGGCCCCUGAGCCAAACAAGAGGGCUUUGUACGUCGGUGGUCUUGACCCCCGAGUGACUGAAGAUAUUUUGAAGCAAAUCUUCGAGACCACUGGGCAUGUUGUCAGCGUCAAAAUUAUUCCCGACAAGAACAAGUUCAACAGCAAAGGCUACAACUAUGGCUUCGUUGAGUUUGAUGACCCAGGUGCUGCUGAGAGAGCCAUGCAGACGCUCAACGGACGCCGUAUUCACCAAUCGGAAAUUCGUGUCAACUGGGCCUACCAGUCCAACAAUACGAACAAGGAGGAUACCUCGAGCCACUUCCACAUUUUCGUUGGUGAUCUGAGUAACGAAGUUAACGACGAGGUGCUGAUGCAGGCCUUCUCUGCCUUUGGCUCCGUGUCUGAGGCUCGUGUCAUGUGGGAUAUGAAAACUGGUCGCUCCCGAGGCUACGGUUUCGUUGCAUUCCGAGACCGCACCGAUGCCGACAAGGCUUUGAACGCCAUGGAUGGAGAGUGGCUUGGCUCUCGUGCGAUCCGCUGCAACUGGGCAAACCAGAAGGGCCAGCCUUCGAUCUCUCAACAGCAGGCCAUGGCCGCAAUGGGCAUGACUCCUGCUAAUCAAUACGGCGGCCACCAUAACUUUCCUACCCACGGCAUCCAGAGCUACGACAUGGUUGUCGGACAAACCGCGCAAUGGCAGACCACGUGCUAUGUGGGUAAUUUGACCCCCUACACAACACAGAACGACCUUGUGCCGCUCUUCCAGAAUUUUGGCUACGUACUUGAAACCCGUCUCCAGGCGGACCGUGGAUUUGCCUUUAUCAAGAUGGACACGCAUGAAAAUGCUGCCAUGGCUAUUUGUCAGCUCAAUGGCUACAACGUCAACGGACGCCCUUUGAAGUGCAGCUGGGGGAAGGAUCGCCCUCCCACUGGCCAGUUCGACAAUUUCUCUGGCCAGCAGGCCAGCUCACCUUUCAACUCGAGUCCCACUCCGUAUUUUCCACAGUACGGCGGUCCUGGCGGACCCAUGACCCCUCAAGGCCCAAACCCAGCCGGUAGAGGAUGGGACCAGUCCGGGAUGGGCGGCCAAGGCUAUGGCCAGGUUCCUGGUAAUGCGGGAUACGGCCGUGGCCAAGGUGCCCCAGCCUCUGGUUGGAACCAGCCAAACAAUGCCAACUUUGGCAAUGGCUUCGUCUGCACUUGUAGUCGGCGGCCUCCUGCGCCAAUGGAAGAUGCAGGCAACAGCAAAGGUGCGGCACUCUCGCUGGACGACAAUGACCGGCUCGCAGGGCGCAUGCGCUCUGGAAGCGCAAGCAGUGGACACAAGCGCACCACCUCGGGCUCCUUACUCUCGCGAUUAUCCUUUCUCCGCAUGAUUCAAGCAACUCAGAACACUGCUGAACGAACCCAUUCGGGCCUCGAGCGCGACGAUGGCGCCGACGAACUCACAGCCGGCCUACGGGGCGGGCGGGCGAUGUCCAAUGCGAUUCAGCAACAUCGCAGGACGCGUCGGAGGCGGGGCUCUCUCCGCAAAACUGCAUUACUGGGCACCCGACUCGACUACCGGGAUAAGAAACCUGCGAGUGUACCGGCCGAUGUGUUGCGAGGGGACAACGGCGCUGGUAGCGAACAACAACAGCAGCAAUCAUCAUCGCGACCGGGGUCAAGUCCGACCGUCUUGCCAACCUCCUCUGCUACCACCAGUGCCAACCCACGAAUGCGAUACUUUGUCGGCCCCGUGUCGCGCGCUGAUAAUGAAAUUACGUCACCCGGGACCCUCGGUUCAUUCGUUGGGGAUGAAACGGAUACGGCAUGGACGCUGAUGGAUGCACCGCAACGGGCCCGGACGGCCGCGUCGACGGCGGCGGCCCAUCGCCAGUCCAGCCCGGCGAAAAACAGCCUCCUCGGCAUCGGGGACGAGAUGACGACCGACGAGGAAGAGAUUAUCUCCUUUCCACGCUCCAGUACGAGCACCUCAUUGCAUCCGCCCUCAGCCAGCGGCGCGACCGGCCUCCGCCUUCCGACUGCCGCAUCGACUUCCGAUUCAUAUUACAGUUUGCAGACGGAUCCGACGUACAGGUCGUUGCACCGGGCUAAGUCACCGCUGGCGACCCACGCGGUCGACAUAGCCACCAGCGCCCAGAUGGUGUGGGACUACUCGGAGACUGAGUGGUGGGGAUGGAUCAUUCUGAUCGUGACGUGGCUGGUUUUCGUCGUUGGGAUGGGGAGCUGCUUUGGGGUUUGGAGCUGGGCGUGGGAUGUCGGGGAGACGCCGUACGCGCCCCCCGAGCUGGAGGAUGAUCCCACCCUGCCGAUUGUGGGGUAUUAUCCGGCACUGAUCAUUUUGACUGCUGUCAUGUCGUGGGUGUGGGUGGUCGUCGCAUGGGUCGGGAUGAAGUACUUUAAGCACGCCAACAUCUCCGGCGAGGAUAUUUGA